AUGUCAGGUAUUCUCACAUUCAGAUGAUUCUCUCAUUGAGUAAGAACACUUGCUACGGGGAAGUUUAAUAUCAUAUUUAAACCCUCUUUUCAGAUUCAGGCUCCAACAGCAAGACAGUUGUAGAGCAGUCUGUGUCUGAUUCAGUCCAGCUAGGAGACUCUGUGACUCUGAACUGUACAAUACACACUGAGACCUGUGCAGGAGAACACAGUGUCUAUUGGUUCAGACAUGGCUCAGGAGAAUCCCGUCCAGGAAUCAUUUACACCCAUAGAGACAGGAGUGAUCAGUGUGAGAACAGCCCUGAGGCUGGGUCUCCUACACAGAGCUGUGUCUACAACCUCCCCAAGAGGAACCUCAGCCUCUCUGAUGCUGGGAUUUACUACUGUGCUGUGGCCUCAUGUGGGGAGAUACUGUUUGGGAACGGGACAAAGCUGAACGUUCAAGGUAAACCUCUUAUGCUCUUUUGA